GUAAAAGAUACAGAUACUGCCAACAUGAGAAAGUACAUUAGCAAUUCUUUGUUAUGCAGAGCCCGGCUGCCUUAAAGAUAUGUAUGUGUCACGUGGUCAAAUACCACAACAAGCAGUUUCCCCCGCAGAGCAGCAUGGAGUGGCCGGGGAAUUUUCCCGAAGACCAUGCCUUUGUGGAUCUGCUGGUUCCAGGGGUUUCCAGUGAGCUGGACUUUGAACAGCUCCUAAAAGACACAGAGGAGAAACUCAAUCUCAAUGCCAACAGCAUUGAACAGCAGCUAAAGGAGCUCCAGGCCAAGAUGGGAGACUCCCGGGAGCGUCCGCCGAGCCCUUCAGAUUGCCUGCAGUGGUUCAACCUCAGAGCGCACAACAGUUUCAGGCCCGUUACCACAGGACAUCAAGAGCUCAUGGACUUCUUCAGAGCUUUGAAACAGUACCUGAGGUCUGAAGAGGAGGGGAAAGAGGAGGUGACACUCCAGCUACUUCUGAAUGUGUCUUCCCAGUGUGGUGUCUGCUUUCCCUGUGUCCCUUCUUCGUCCUCCUCCUCCUCCUCCUCCUCCUCCUCUCUGACUACCUCCUUCAUCCACUUGGUUCAUACAGUCAGAGAUGACGCUUCAUUAGAGAUGCAGGAGGCCUGGGAUGAUGUGCGUCUCCAGCUGCGCCGCCACCUGCUGGAAAGGCUGUCUUCACGCAGCCCAGAUCAUCCAGAACCCAGACAUAUUUCCAUCCCUGAACGGGUACACUGUCUGCAACAGCUGUUCUUUCUUUACCCUGAGUCUGAGGCUCUCACACAGUACCAGAGUCUGAGAAGCCAAUCUGUGCUGGUUCUUCUGCUCUCCGCCCUGAGCUCAAGCCCAGGAGGUAACACAGGCUUUGACAGACUGGCUAUAGGCUUCCGCUCUGGGGUACCAGCUCUGACCCAGGCCCUCACAGAGGAGCUCCAUGUCCUUUCAAGACUAGCAGAACCGCACACCAUCCUGGGUUUCCUUAAUGCGGCCUACCUCAGCACGGUGGCCCAAGAGCUGGCCUCCCUGAUGGAGAGAGAAUGUGAGACGGCCCUGAGGGACAACAUCAAACUCAGCAGCAAGAUAAAGAAAUAUUCAGCCAGGUCGCGGGCAACCGUAGCACCAAUGGAGCUUCCCAUGAAAAACAGGAGCUUCAGUUUAACCUCCCAUCAAUUGAGGGCGUUAACCCAGCUGGCCUGCACCCUGCUGGGGUUUGAGAGGAUUGUGAAGGAGCUGGUCACUAAUAUGACCUUCAUUGAUUGUACAGGAGAGACUCCCUGCGUAAAAGGCAUCUUGAAAAGGAAUAGAGAGGAUUCAGACGUGACGGCAGAUUGCAAGAAAUCCAGAGCAGAAACACUUCCCCACACGCCAGAGGCGCCGAUUUUGGAGUUUGAUUGGAGGUCAGCGUUUAGGGGGCUGGUCCCUCACAUGGCACAUUGUGUUAAAGUGGUGCUGAAUGAUGUUUCUGCCAAGAUUCUACAGCAGGAAGAGGACUUACAUUCUUCAGGACACACCUCAGUCACCUUGAGCUGCACUACAGGACACACCGCCAUCACUGCGGGAAACACACAUCUCAAAGAAGAUUCCUUCUACACCUACUCAGAGAGGGAGACUCCCAAAAUGAUAGCCAAGUUCUGUGGAGGGAUCGUGACUGAGAUGGAUGCCUUACUACCCUUGGCAGCAGCCUGCAGAGACAGCUCUCUUCUGGAGGUGCGAUCAAGCUUUGUGGAAGCGUGCAGCAGGGCAGUGUUUGCCAUGCUAGGCCGUUUGCAGGAGAGGGCCCUGGAGGUACCAUCCUCUGCACCCCUGAGGAACCUGCCUGCUCUGCUGGCCACGUGCAUUUAUGUGCACCAACGACUGGAGCACUACCAUGCCAGGCUGAAAGAUUCAAAUACUACUGCAGCUAAAGUAUCCCUGACCCUGCUGCCGAUCCAGAAGUACCAGGAUACAGUGGAGGCCUUGAGAGAGCAGCUGACAAGUUACUGUAUCCAGGUUUGUUCCACCUGCAUUCUUCAAGACGCAGAGAGUCACCACUGGGCUGACCCCAAACCUUUCUACGAGGGCGAGCGCUGUUCCUUCUCGGUGCAGAUGUGGUUCUACUUCCUGUGUGGGCUCCGUAGCGACCUGUGGUCGAUCCUUCCGCCAGAGAUGGCCAAGGAGGUGCUCGGCCAGGUGCUGUCAGAGACUUUACAGCUGCUUGUGCAAAGAUAUGCCAGGGCCCGUGCAUCGUACAAGAGACACCUGCAAAUCAGAUGUGACAUUACGGCGGUGUUGCUGUAUGUGGAGCAGCUUGUUUGGAGUGUGAGUGAAAGUCCCGAGGCCUUGGUGCGCUCCAAUCCUUCCUCAGCAAUUGCCAUAAUAGCGGGCGGAUCAGACUGGCUAUACCAAAUCCACAGCUUGUGUGAGCAACUCCUGACAGUCCUUGUCAUUGUCACCGUACCGCUCUCUUUGCUGUAUAGGAUAUUUAUGAUUGAUCCUGCAAAAGCGACCGCACCACAUCAGCCUGAUACUCCUGUUGUCCACUGGCUCAAUGCUAUCAACCCUGACCUCUUCACAGAGCAGGCCAUACGAGAUGGCCUUAUGGGUCAGGCGGCCUCUGCAUGUCAGCUGAGGCUGCUGACCUCUGACCCAGGAUGCAAUCCCAGGUUGCUACUGCGAAUGCUGCUGUACAGAGACUGUCACCUGCCCAGAAUACUCCUGGAAAACUCUUAUCUUUGCCAGGAGAACUGCUUAGAAAUGUCUGCAGAGACCUGCAAGGCAGGAGAUGACUUCAUAGUCGCAUUGUUCAACCUCUUCAGUUGCCUGAAUAAUGUUCCCAAGGCCUUGACUCAGUUCCUUCAACCAUACCUGGAAAGGUCACACACAUGGGAACAUCUCUACACACUGGCAGACACGACGCGGGCUGUACCUGUGGUGAUCAGCUGUGUCCGGGCGAUAGUCACCAAGUCUACCAACAGCAUCCUUAUACACCUGGUCUCCAUGGUGAUGGGUUGGCAGGCCACGGAGGAGCCCAGUGGAGCCUCGUUCAAGCAGAAUGUACCAGAGAGCGUCCUGGCUAAAAUACCCAAGGAGUGGAACUACACACCGAUGGAAACACGGGGAAAGGAGACUGCCACUAAGACUGUCAUAUCCGUAGCUAUUCAAGCCUUGUCCUUCAUUUUCACCAACCUGCCCUUGGCCGUAGCAUCCAUACCUGUCCCUAUCCGAUUUCUCUUCCAAGUGGCAGAGAAGCACCUCUCCCAGCAUGCUCGGCAGCUGCGCCUAAUGGGCCUGUUACUCUGGGCCCUGUUAGGCUGUCUGAUCCAGGGCCUGGAGGACCCAGACUCACUAGAAGAGAUCAGUGGUCUGGUCCUGAACCGUGGGGCAAAGGAACCCCUGUCUCUGCUGGCUGAGUGCCUACAGGCUAGCAUGGGGAUUCAACAAAAGGGUGUACCCAAACCCACAGUGCACAAAGUGCUGCAGGCUCUGGAGGAAAAAAGGCCGAAGUGGACAAACAUGCAGCUGCAGAAGGCCCGCAAGCUCUGCUCAGACAGUGUAUUUGAGCGAGGAAAGGAGAGCGGAGUCGCUGAACUGACUGAGCAGAAAAUAGGCCUGAUGCUGCUGGAGGUCUGCCACAAAGCAGGUGGCAGCGACUACCUGAGGCAGAUCUAUCACAUCAUCCAAGGCAAUGAGGAACUGUUGAUGCUUAAACUAAGUGGAAGCACAAACUCGUCCAAUAAUCCUCCUCACUUGGUAAACUUUGACCUUGGCUCUGAGAGUCAUGCGAACACUGCCGGUUUCAACCCUCUCCACCAGUUUGACCACGUUGGCAAGAAGAAGCUGGAUCAGAGUGCAGUGGUCGACUGGGCAUGGGACUGGCCAAGGCUGCUGCCAGCCUUUCAGGGCAUGAGUCAGGUCACCUUCAAAGCUCUGCUGGCCAACAGGUGGGAGAUGCAGGAGGAUGCAGAGCUGGAAGAAGGAGAGAAAUUCAUCGUAGAAGAACUUCAGAAAGCCUAUUUUGUUUGCUGCUGCAGCCCAGGACCUGCAGGACCUCCCGAAGCUGAUGAGACACUGGCAGAGCAGACCCAGGGGGAAACACAACAAUACGAUAAAAGUGCUGCCCAAUAACAGUCCAUGCAGUUGGAAUUUUUUAUCAUAUUGUAAAUGUUUGCUUGUAACACUCACUUGCAGCUCUCAAGGUAGUAGAAUGUUUGUGUGUGUGUGUGUGUGUGUAAUUGGGUUUGUGCAUGCACUGUGUGCAGCGAGUUUGCAUAUAUGUGUGCAUGAAAACAUGAGUGAGAGAGCGGACAAGAAACUGUGGAACAACAACAAGAAGAGUGAGGGAGAUGUUGGCUCCCUCUUUAUGCACACGUCUCAGACAAACUCUCUUUCUGUGCGGCAUCAGACGCAUUUCAUCUUUUUGGAGCACACCUCCAGAAAUCAGUUCUGGGAAAUGGAGAGCCUGGAUUUGUUUGCCUGGGACACGAUGGGACUGUGUGAUCAUUGUCGGUAGUUGAAGUUUUUUUUCGACACAGCGAGUGUAAAGACAUUGGUGUCAGCAUACUUUCUCCUGGUUCCUAAAAGCAAACAUCAAAUAUUACGGUUGGGAAGCAAGAUGAUGUAUGUUUAGAUUACAGUGUGUCCCAAAAAUCUGCCCCACUAUGUAAUAUCAGUCAGGAUUUUUGUGCAAACUGAGAAAACAUUUAUUUUAUGUGUAAUACGAUUGCUCGGUGUAUAUUUUUUUCCAAAUGUGUCCAUAUUUUGUUAUUUAUGAGAUGGAGAAUGUUUUAGAAUUAAACAUGAAAAUAAAAUCAUAUUCUUUC